AUGUGCCAAUACACGUACAGCUGGUACUACUGCAACCACGACUACUACAUCUGGGCCAACAGCGUCGAGAUUUGCCCGAACCGUCUGCUGUCUGGCUAUUCGUACGAUGCGUGGAGCAUCGACAUGUGCAAGAACAUGAAGGUCACUUGCGCCGGCUUCAGCAACUACUACUGCAACGACUGUUCCGAGGACGUGGCACUUGAGUUCGAGCUGGACGAGUUGUAGAGGCUGGACGGCCGGCCGGCACGGAGCCCGUCGGCGGGCACAACACACCCGCAGCAAGAGCAGCGGCGAUCGGACACGCUGCCGACUCCCAACAAGCUGUGCUGGCGCAUCCUCUGUGGACCACCGCUCGUGAGGGAACCACUGCUGCGAGGCAAGCGAGCGGCGAAAAAAAGAGGUGAGCAGUACAUGCUCCGCU